AUGCGAGUAAGACGUUUCUUCGGCAACAGUGGCUUGUUCACCAGAAAGAGUAAAGCGGUCACGAGUGGGGACGACGAUCGCGAGGCUUUCGAGAAAAACAUGGUCAUGGUCAAGACACAGUUUUUGCGCAACAUGGCUUACCGAAUAGACACGGACAUGAUUCGUCGACUCACGCGUAGCUCGGGUAAAUUUAAAGAAAUUUCAGACAAGUCAACAAUACCGGACUUCGUCGCAACGGUUUUUGACGUCGGUGAGGAGUACGGGGCUAUGUUGACAAACGUCCUUGCGUACUACGACUCCGUCAACGAGAAGUUCAAGAUCGUCGAGGGACCGAUGCUUAUCCGGAACAUCGUUGCAGAUGCCAAGACGGACGCGGUGCACCAAAUGCUUCGAGUUUCGAAUGCGCCUCCUCUCAUCGACAUCGACCUGCGCCACGACGUGCCAAUCUCGGAGAUGAUCGGCGACGGUCCGGUGAUCAAAGAAUGUCUCCAGGAGCUUAUAUUCAAUGGUCUGCGCCACGACAGUAAUAACCAGGUAUCGGUGCACGUGAAGGCGAUGAGCCACAGUCCUUGUCAGGUGACGUUCAGCGUGCAAAACAAGGGAAUUCGGAUCCAGGAUGAGGACGUCGCCGGCAUCUUCACACCCUUCAACAGCAUUCACCGAGGAGUCGUGCAUGGAUGUGGAUUGGGAAUAGGUCUCGCCAAGUGCAAACGAAUGGCAUACGAACUGGGGGGCGAUCUCGUUGUUCAGAACGGGGAGACCACUACGUUCUCACUAGUCAUCCCCAUCAAGCACGAGAAAGAGAUACGGCUGCAGCAUGACGGCAUGGCCCUGACCUUCAGGAGGCGGUCGAGCUACUAUGGCGUGGAGGCGGACGUUGCCGAGGAGUCUUGCAUUUUCCAAGAGGGAGAGAUUUCUCAUACUGCAACGAGACCUUGCAUCCUCGUGGUUGACGAUUCUGCCGUCGCCAGACGCCAGUUUGAAAAGAUGAUGAAGCACGUCGACAUCGAGGUUGAUCUGUGCGAUGGCGCUAUGGCGUGUCUGGAAGAGGUCAAGACGAAAGACUAUGACCUCAUAUGUCUCGACAUCAUCAUGCCCGUCAUGUCUGGAGUCACGUGCGCCUACCAAUUGCGCGAAGGGGAUACGCGUAACAAGGAAUGUCCACUUGUCAUCAUCACAGCGGACUCGUCGACAGAGACAAGACAGCUAUGUGCGUCCAUAUCAGAGAGCAUGGUUCUUGAAAAACCUGCAAAGCGAAACGUACUGUACAGGACCAUCAUGUCUUCCAUCCGAGAUUCUCAGAAAAGAGAGUGGAUCAGGCGGACGUGGCACACGAAGAACGCGGAGCAGCGGACGCAAACUCACAUCCGCGAGGCAACUCUUGUGUGA